AGAUAGAAAAAAGGCAGGAGGGUUGAUUUAUUGCAAAACAACAAGAUGGCUGGCUAGCUAAUUUCAGGCUUAUCUGUAAGGACGGUGAGGGGGCAAGGGGAUGGAAAAAGCUCUUGGAGAGAUCCUGAGAGAGCUGAAUACUGAAUACAGCUUUAUUGUGGAAAUGAAUAGAACGCUGACAUUCUGAUUGCUAAAAUUCUGCAGAAACUUCAGUAGCAGUCAAAAAAAAGUAUCAAGUCAUUCCAUUUUCAUCUCCCUAAAAUACUUUUUAAUUCAUACCUGUUGAGGAUCCAUUGCAAGUAACAGUUGUUAAUGUUUUUUUUCAGAACCCUUAAGACAUGGAUGAAUGCUAGAAAAGUCUUUAUGUAAUGUGAAACUUUAUUUUUUUUUAAUAAACAUCCUUACUUUUUUUUCUUCUUAACGUCUUGCUGCAUUGAUGCUGAUAAUUGCUUCCUGCAGUGGGAUUGAAAUUAAAUUCUGUGGACCCAACAAUGAGCAUUGACUUGAAAUACUUGGGUGUGCAGCUUCCUCUCUCCUACUCAAAUUAUUCUUUGUGGAGCUAUCCAGGAACAAACCCCAAUUCUCCAGAUACUGGAUUUCCUUUUGUUUCCAGAACAGGAAAGACAAAUGAUUUCAGAAAGAUCAAAGGCUGGCGAGGGAAGCUUCAUGGUGCUUCUAGAAACGAAGGUGGCAGUUCAGAAGGUUCCUUGAAGAAUCGCUCAGCAUUCUGUAGUGACAAGCUGGAUGAGUACCUGGAAAAUGAAGGAAAGCUGAUGGAAACGAGUAUGGGAUUCUCUUCUAGCACACCCACUUCCCCUGUGGUAUAUCAGCUUCCCACCAAGAGCACUAGCUAUGUGCGAACACUAGACAGUGUUUUGAAGAAGCAAUCCACCGUAAUUCCAUCCACAUCUUACACGUUCAAGCCCGCUUCCCUGUCAUCUACCUCUAGGAAGGCAAGGACUCAAAACAGACAGGCAUCUUCAAACAGUAGAGGGAAAUCAUCCUACAAGCCUAUACUGCCUUCGCCUUUUUCUGCCAAGCAGAAACAGAACUUUUCAGCAUCAGUGGAAAAGGCUGCUAAGUCUCUCUCAAGUAGCUCUUUGACUAACCAAGCAGAUGGUUUCCUGAUGCCAAAUCUGGAUGAAAGCAUACUGCCAAAACAAAUAAGUUUGCGCCACACGCCACAGCAGCAACAAGCAGCUCGUCCGCCAGGUUUGUCUAAGUCUCAAGUAAAGCUAAUGGACUUGGAAGACUGUGCUCUCUGGGAUGGCAAACCACGAACCUACAUUACAGAAGAACGAGCAGAUAUCUCCCUGGCUACCCUGCUUACAGCUCAGGCUUCUCUCAAAAACAAACCUAUCCAUAAAAUAAUACGACGACGAGCACCUCCUUGCAAUAACGAUUUCUGUCGGCUGGGUUGUAUAUGUGCCAGUCUAGCACUGGAAAAACGUCAGCCUACCCAUUGCCGCAGGCCAGACUGUAUGUUUGGGUGUACUUGCCUGAAGAGAAAAGUACUGGUAGUGAAGGGUGGAUCAAAACAUAAAAAAAUACUGAAAAAGGCUGUGCGUGGAAAUCUUGUGUUCUAUGGAUCACAAGAAGAACAGCAAGAGGAUGAAGAUGUGGAAGAAGAGGGUGUGGGAGAAGAAGAUGAGAUGAAGCAGAAAGACAAGAAGAAAAGAAAAAAAGUGGAAUACACUAUUUGUGACUCAGAGCCAGAAAAGCCUCUUAGGAAUUGUCCAUUGUGGGUAAAAGUAGAAGGUGAAAUAGAUCCAGAACCUAUUUACAUUCCAACACCAUCUGUUAUUGAACCAGUUAAAUCUACAGUCCUGCCUAACCCAGAAGUUGUGCUUUCUAGUAAACAUAGAUCUUCCAGUGGAGUGAAAACAGGCAGAGUGUAUACUCCUAAACCCAACCCCGUGAUUCGAGAGGAGGACAAGGAUCCUGUCUACUUGUAUUUUGAAAGUAUGAUGACUUGUGCAAGGGUUCGAGUAUAUGAGCCUGGGAAGGAGGAAAAAAAGCAACAAAAAGACCAAAAGCAUUCACAGAGCUCUUUUGUAAAGAUGUAUGAACAAGGACUUCCAUCUUCAAAGAAGGAAUCUUCUAAGAAAGAAUUAUCUAAAAAAGAGUCUUCUAAGAAAGAAUCUUGUAAGAAAGAAACCAGUGAGAUAAACAAAGGCCCUGAAAAAUGCGGAGGUAAGAGCUGAAUCUUGAGUGUAAUUGAGUGUGUUGAUAGUUUUUGGCUU